UCCCUAAUAUUUUCUUCCUGACUUUGGUACGUGGGAACUUUCUAUUGUGGGAAGGACACGUGGCAAUAUUCUUGAGAGCAGGUGAUGCUCUUCUUGUCUUUUCAGUUGGAGGUGAAAGUGAAAGGGAACUUCAUGCAUGGGCAACUGACACUAGAGAGAGAUCUUGUAAAAUAAAAAGAUUGAAUUUUUGUUUCUUUUUUUUUUCCUUUUCGUUUUUAUAGAGAGAGGUGAAAUGUCAAUUCCACCAGAGGAUCUGGAGGCGCAGGAAUUUUCAGAAGGAAACAACAAAUAGACCCUUUUUUUGUUUCUUCUCUCUUUUCCCUGCCCUUGUUUCUCGGUUGCUCCCUCUCUUUUGCCUUAAACUUUGGGAUAUUCAUUGUUUCAUUAAAUCUUGGUUCAUGAGUGAGGCACAUAGAAGGAGAUAAGAAGGGUUUUUCUUCUUAUUUGAGCUCACUUGCUUGGGAGAUGGAUUGUAUUUUCUAAUCUGCCUCAGGUGACUUUCUGGUGCUUGUACCUAAAUUGUGCGUUGAUCGUUUCAGAGCCAAAACCACAAAUGGUGGUCUUACAGCAGUUACUGAACAUGGAAGAUACUGAAGGGGAUGAUAAUAAGAAUGUCUUAUCAAAUGGAGAUGUCUAUAUUGGUGACCUUAAGGGAGUACUUCCUCAUGGGAAAGGCAAGUAUACAUGGACAGAUGGAACAGUCUAUGAGGGCGAUUGGGAAGAAGGUAAAAUGACAGGAAAAGGACACAUAUUUUGGCCGUCAGGAGCAAACUAUGAAGGUGAUUUUUCUGGCACUUACCUUCAUGGAAUUGGUGCUUUCGUUGGAAAUGAUGGUUCUGAAUAUAAAGGUGCCUGGAGGAUGAAUAUACAGCAUGGGCUAGGGAGGAAGCAGUAUUCUAAUUCUGAUGUUUAUGAUGGUUCCUGGAAAGAAGGAGUGCAUGAAGGUUGUGGUACAUACUCUUGGAAUAGUGGAAAUACAUACAUUGGGAACUGGAAAAGUGGAAAAAUGUGUGGAAGAGGAGUUAUGAAAUGGGCAAAUGGUGAUCUCUUUGAUGGAUGCUGGUUAAAUGGGUUGAGACAUGGUUCUGGAGUUUAUAGGUUUGCAGAUGGGGGUUAUUACUUUGGGACGUGGAGUAAGGGCCUAAAGGAUGGGAAAGGAACAUUCUACCCUGCUGGAACUAAACUUCCAUCCUUAAGGAGGUGGAGUACUUCUACAGGUUAUGAUGACAGUGGAAGGAGUUCAUUGUCUCAUAGUUCAUCAUUGAAUUCAGAACAAGGCAGGGAUACAGCUGCAAGACCAAGUGUCAUGCGCAGUGUUUCUGAGAAAAUUUCAAUUAGUGGAAUGAUAAGAAAUUCGGGUAGAAUAUCACACAGAACUGCCUCACUAGACGAGCAUCGGAGUGCCUUUGAUUCGGCCAGAGAAUUAAUAUCUCGUGAACCAUCAUCUGUAAUUUCCCGUGCCUCUGAUGAAGCAGAGGUGCAGGUUAGAAAUACUGUAGUUUAUGAAAGAGAAUACAUGCAAGGAGUUCUGAUCAAAGAGAGAAUCAGAAAUACAGAACCAUCACGCAAAGCUAAGCAGAAAAAUAAAUUUCAUGUGAAAGAAGCAGAAAAUAUGUCGUGUGUGGGCAUUUUUGGAGGCCAUCAGAGCUAUUAUCUAAUGCUUAAUCUGCAACUUGGCAUCAGGUAUACUGUUGGCAAGAUCACACCAGUGCCAAUGCGUGAAGUUCGAGGCUCUGAUUUUGGAGAUCGAGCUAGGAUAAGGAUGUAUUUUCCCAGAAAGGGUUCUCAGUUCACACCUCCGCAUUAUUCUAUCGACUUCUAUUGGAAAGAUUAUUGCCCUAUGGUCUUCAGGAAUCUAAGGGAGAUGUUCAAAUUAGAUGCAGCUGAGUACAUGAUGUCAAUUUGUGGAGACGAUGGUUUGAGGGAGCUUUCUUCUCCAGGAAAAAGUGGCAGCAUCUUCUAUCUUUCUCAUGAUGACAGAUUUGUGAUUAAAACAUUGAAGAAAUCUGAACUGAAGUUCUUUCUCAGGAUGCUGCCCAACUAUUAUCAUUAUGUAGGCAAGCAUGAAAAUACUCUGAUAACAAAGUUUUUCGGGGUUCACCGAAUAAAAUUAAGAGGUGGAAGAAAGGUACGUUUUGUGGUCAUGGGGAAUAUGUUUUGCACAGAACUAAGAAUUCAUAGACGCUAUGAUUUGAAGGGGUCAACUUAUGGAAGAUUUACAGAUAAAGAUAAAAUUAAAGAGAACACCACAUUGAAAGAUUGUGAUCUAAAUUAUGAAUUUCAUAUGGACAAAAUGUUGCGAGAGUCCCUCUUCAAACAACUUUCUGAAGACUGCAUGUUCUUACAAUCUCAACAAAUAAUUGAUUAUAGCCUUCUCUUGGGAUUACAUUUUAGAGCACCUGAGCAGUUGAAGACAUUAUUAGAAUCUGACGGCUCAGUGCCUGAUAAUGAGAAUUCACCUUCUAUUGAUGGUGUAAAUUCACAAGGGGAGCCCCUGAUUCCACCGACGGGCCUGAUCCUAGUUACUCAUGAACCCAGCUUUGUCAACACAGCACCAGGUCCCCACAUAAGGGGGAAUACAUUGAGAGCAUAUUCUGUUGGCGCAAAGGAAGUUGAUCUCUUACUGCCUGGCACUGGAAGGUUGCGAGUGCAGUUAGGAGUAAACAUGCCAGCUCAAGCUAUUCGUAAACUUGGGGUGGAGGUCGAUUCAAUGGAGGUUGAACUUUUUGAGGUCUAUGAUGUUGUCCUCUACAUGGGCAUAAUUGAUAUAUUGCAGGAAUACAAUGUGACAAAGAAAGUUGAGCAUGCAUGCAAGUCAUUGAAGUGUGACCCUCUAUCUAUUUCUGCUGUCGAACCCAAGUUUUAUGCAGAUCGAUUCCUCAAGUUCUUGCAGAAAGUUUUCCCAGAGCAACCAUAAAAAGAACUUAAUUAGGUUUUCAUUUUUCACCUUCAUUGCCAUUUUUAUAUGUAGAGAAAGGGUUUUCCUUUCAUUUCUUUCUUCUUGUCAUAAAAAUUAAAUUUCUAUAUGUAUUUCCUUUUUCUUUUCUUCUUUUUUGUGCGUAUUUCAAUACGAAAUUCUUUUACUGUCAUUUGUUUGUAAAUGGUUUGAUCACUGAAUAAAUGUGUACCCAAUUUUCCAUUUGUAUAGUAAUAUCAGCUCAUGAAAUGUAAGCAUCAGGUCAAUGCCUGUAAUGACAACAUUUUUA